AUGAAACCCAAUAGUAGCGCAAACGCUGGCGAAGGAAAAGAUAGCAGUAAGAGCUGUAAAAAGUGUCCACUACUGGAAGUUGAGUUUUGUAGCAAUGUGCCAAUUUUGGCGCUCUCUCAGAAAUUGAUACCAACGUUUUGCUCGACAUCAAGCAAAAACGGUAUCGGUAUAAAACAUCUGAUCAGCUUAAGCCAACAACCGAUGAGUGUAAACAAACUUCCAGUGGAGAUCCUGCAGGUGAUCUUCAAAUAUCUACCGGUGAGAGAUCGCAUUGUUGCAUCAACAGUCUGUCGUUUGUGGGAACAAACGGCAUUUUCAUGGCCUUGCUUGGAAAAUGUGGAAUUAUCUGUCGAAUCUUCAGCCUGUCGGAAUUUCACCUAUCAAUUUCUGGAAUCCAGCCAAAGACGGUAUCGGAAUCUGAACUUGCGUUUUGAUCAACCCCUGGAUUAUGAACAGCUGUUGCAUUUGGUGCAGAUCAUUCGUUGGUUCGCUGAAUCCCUGGAACGAUUAACAAUAGAAUGGUGUUUACCAACAGCUUUAGAUUUGGAAGUAAUACUAGAGAUUCUCAGAUCAAUUCCAAUGUUAAAAGAGCUUUGGAUUUUCGAUAACAAUGGUUUCGAAGGAGAGUUAUACGAGUCGAUCGAAUUACCAGUUUUGUAUCAUCUGGAAACAAUGCGUGUACCGAUUUGUCUGAUGGAUUCUGAGUGUGAUUGGUUUAAAAUGGCACCCAAUAUAAAGCAGCUGGAUGUCGAAUUUAAUGGAAAACAGCAUCCUUGGGAAUCAAUCAAGUCAUUGAAUGGCAAGCUUCGAAAGUUUCGUAUUCGAACAGAAUCUAGAAACAAUUUCCGACAGCUUUGGACAUUGAAACCGGUCAAUUUGCAGGAGCUGUACAUAAUUCGGUACAGUCAUGAUCUAUUCGAGCACAACGAUUUCACUGUUCCCGAAGUGAGCCGUUUCUUUUCGCAGUGUUCAACAUUAACCGUCCUCAGACUGGAAGUCCAUGUGUCAAUUGCAGUUCUGCAGGCCAUAGCUGAUAACUGUUCGCAGUUGAAGUCUUUGCUGCUCUAUGAAAACGAUGACGGUUGGCGGGCACUCUCAAUCACGAAGCAGCUUAAAAAGCUAGAGUGUUUGAUACUGAUGUCCACGUUUUUCGAUCGAUAUUUUCCAUCACUGCCAGAACUACUUUUACCUAGUGUUAAAAACCUGGAACUGACCGAACCGGAUUUAGUGGAUGUACCUCAAUUUUUCAAUCAGUUGAAUAGAAUAAUGCCCAACUUGGGCAGUCUAAAGCUCGUACACUACAACAAGACAUGCGAUGAAGCCUACGAACCUACUUUUCUACGGUCUGUGCUUCGAUCAAAGUUGCAGAAAUUGGAAAGGCUGAUACUGUGCGAAGAUUCAUCGGGGUUUCCUUCUCAUCUCUUCAAUCAACUGAAUCUUCUGCCCAAUUUGAAGGAGCUAAGGUUGAUUUACGGCACUCUGCUACCAUGGAGUCGUUCUGCUAUAGUACCCGGUAUUCGAAGGCUUUCGUUGGAUGUUCCGCUAAGUAACUUCAGAAUGCGGACUCUGUUGAAGCUUUUUCCGUCGCUCACCAGGUUGGACUUGUUUUACUGGAACGAUCCAGUAGAUUUCCAUCUCCAGGAACUACAUCGAAUUGCUCCGCAAUGUGAUUUGAACUAUCUCAAAAAACAGGCCUUCCUGGAGGACUGACUUUGAAUUGUCGAAGGUGUUAGUAUCAAU